AUGGAUGGUGGAAUUUCACGAUCUACAGUAGAUGCUCCACCGACUCAUUAUCUAAUGAAAGUACAGUCAUUUUCACUUCUCGCGAAGAAUUCUAUAGAGAGAUACGAGUCAGGGAACUUUGAAGCUGGAGGCUAUAAGUGGAAGUUAGUUCUGUACCCAAUUGGAAACAAGAGCAAGAAUGUAAAGGAUCAUAUUUCACUAUACUUAGCAUUGGACGAAGCAGGUUCACUUCAACCUGGUUGGGAAAUAUAUGUCAAUUUUCGAUUGUUUUUGUUUGAUCAGAACAACGACAAUUUCUUAGCUGUUCAAGAUGGCGUGAAAAAGGAAAAAAGAUUUCACAAAAUGAAGAUUGAAUGGGGAUUUGAUCAAUUUAUUCCUCUCAAAGAUUUCAUCCUUGGCUCUAAAGGUAACUACUGGUUUAGUGCCUCAAACAAUGAAAAUGGUGCAUCCAGAUUCAUUUCAAUCAGUAAUUUCACCAGUCAAAACAUGGGAUAUCUGGUGAAAGACAUUUGCUUGGUAGAAGCGGAGGUUACAGUUCUUGGAGUGGUUGAUGCAU